AUGGGACACCUGUGGAAGACAGCCUUGGACUGGGCAGGGGUGCUUGGACAGAAUCUCAGGAAGGAGUUUGAUGGCAACGCCAGGCUCAAGGAUGCAUGCUCGCGGAUUGCAAGGGAGUGGAGCGAGUGGAGAGAAGGGGUGGAGAAGACCGGUGUGUUCUGGCUCGGACAGAGGGCUGGGGAGAUAUCGGGGAGAGUAAUGAGGCUUUCGGAUGCCUCGAUGGGACUUGCACUGGAGGCAGCAGGGAUUGGGAGAGUGUGGCGGGGACAGAGGGAGUUCCAGAAGAGACUGAACAGGAUGUUCAGGAUUCCGCAGUACUACGGAGGGAUCCGGAAGAGUGAGGGGGAAAGCGGCAGAGACAGGAGGGCCGGGGGACUGGUCCAGUUCAGGCCCAGCCUCAUGGGAAUGGGAUGGAGAGUUUACUCUUGGAUCAGGCGGGGAUUUGGAGUGGGGUGGAAUGACCUGGACAUAGAAGAGAUCGAGAAUGAGCAGCUGAGCAGGAUAUUUGAAGGGAUGGAAGGACAGGGGGAGUCUGGGCCAUGGACGGAGGAGGGGGCGGCAGACAUUCACAGCCUGUGGAAGGAGAUAGGGGGUUCUGGGAUGUCUGUUGUAGACAUCAGGAAUGUCUCGACGGUGGGGAGUAUUGGGAGACGGAGGCUUGAGUCUGGAUUUGAAGUGGAGAUUGCAGGACAGAAGGGGGGGAAAUGGACCAGACAUGUGUUUGUGAUGCAGGCGGUGUUUGAGCGCGGGGCAGACGGGAGAUGGAGUCUCGGCAGACUCAGAUGGACAAGGGUAGGAUAG